AUGAGCUUAUCUACUGAAAGCAAUGACCGAUAUCAAAUUUCAAUAUGCCCUGAUUUAGCAGUCGGUGCACCAUACGAUGGAAUAGAUGGCGGUGGUGCUGUUUAUAUCUUCAUGGGAUCGUACGCUGGACUCUUGCCCUAUCCUUCACAGAUCUUAAAUAACAAAUAUCAUAACGGGAUGCUAUCAUACCCAUUGAGAACAUUCGGAUUCUCCCUAUCAGCCGGAUAUGACGUUGACAAAAAUGGAUAUCCUGUGGUUAUUCAAACAACUGAAAACUUAACAACUGAAACUAAACAACGCUUAUCAUUAUUUUCAUACAUCACGGGACAAAUUGAAUACAAAACUUUGUGCAAAUUUCUGAAACAAAUCUGGCUAAUUGAAAAAGAGCAAAUUAUGACUGCGAUCACGCAAUAUAACAUAGGUCUAACUUGCAAAUCUUGUUGUAUAGGGGAGUUUAAAAAUUAUACAUUUUCCAAAAAAAAUUUGAUGGUAGGAAGUUACCAGACUGAAACAGUUACUCUUAUAAGGUCUAGACCCGUUGUAUAUGUCGACAUUGAAAUGAAAGCAAACUUAACAAUAAUUGAUCUGGAUACACUCUCCUGCAUAAGCAUGGAAGGAAACGCAUCAAACUGGUUUGAUGCCAUAUUUAGUUUUGUAUUAUAA